GGGUUUCUGGAACUACUUGCACAAAGUCAGGUGUCUUGCCAUAGGUCCUUACACACUUUAAUCUGAUCUGUUUCUCCUUGUUAUUCAGCUGUGCCGUAGGUGUUUUGGAAAAGAAAAGUCUUUCUGGCACUGUGGAACUGGGGAGCCCCCUUCUCUUCUGGUGACAUUGUGGUGUCCCAGGAAUAAAUGAGUUGCCAAGUUUAGUGAUACAUGUUUGAGAAAUAUUUUCUAGUAAGGGUGUUUCAGGAAUUUUGAACUGCUGUUUUGGUGUUUUGAUCAUAGUUGUUUCCUUUGCAUUAUAAUUACUUCUACUAUUGGCUGCAGAUUUUGGCUUUUUCCUUUCUUCCACAAGUGUCUGUGGAUUUGGUAAUCCCUGGGAGAGAGGCAGAUUGUCUGUUUUUAAAGUGUUUUCAGAGGCACUCUCCAUGUUACUGAGUAAUCCCUGUUGAAAGCUGUCAUCAAGGUUUUCAGGGAAUGAUAUUUUAUCUGUGGAAAUAUAGAGAAACAAUAGCUGACUUCCUUGAUGACAUCACAGCAUAAUAUUUAAGCUAUUACAUAAUUUAAUUUUAAAAUAUUACCCCUCACCAAAUCAUGUAAUCAGACAAAAUUAUAACCAAGGUAACUGAAUUGGGCAAAAUAAUUCAUUUCUAAGGUCACUGGUCAUGAUUGGGGUACUGAGACAUUCUUCAUUUGGCACUGAACAUGACCUUGACUGUCGUGGAUGCUUGUCAAACUUAAAGGAGUUCAAACUACAACACUGCCUCAAUAGGGUGUGGCAUUUAAAAUUCUAAGUCUAAGUGUUGUAUACUUACAAUAAUUAUUAUUAUCUGUAGUAGGUACACUUGGUUUGAUUUCAAAGGAAGCAUUGACAAAGUUUGGAUGAAGACUCCUCAUAAAGGCAAAUACUCGCUGGUAAGGUUCACAACUUAGAGGAGGGCAUAAACAUAGCUGGGGGGGUUGUAACUGGAAUAGUUUUUUUUUCUGUAUACACAUAGAUGGGCUUAUAACUGAGGUGGCUUAAAUCUGGAAUUUUAAGGUAUCACUCAGUUUUCUCUUCUUUCCUUACAUUUUUUGGUGAGCAUAAAUGCAAAAAUUUAUACACUCCUUGAUCUUAAAAUGAAAUCGAUGAAGGCUUAUCAAGUGAGAGGUCUUUUAUAAAAAGCUAUUAACAUUUGGCAACUCAAUUGGCUAGCACUAGUCUCUUACCAAUAGAUUUACUUUGACCUCCUCUCCAUUUCUUGAGAGUGUGCACUUGCAUUUUUCUUCUGGUUAUUACUAUGUCGAGAGGACCAAAUUGUUUUUGUUUCAUGGCAUCCUCUUUGGUUCUUUUUGUUGUAUGACAAGGUAUCCUUUCUUUCUUUUUCAACUUCUGAAUGCUAAAAAGAGAAUUGGUCAUUAUUAGAUUCUGUCCCAAGAACUAAUUACUUACCUACCACUGGUCAUUUUGAACUUGCUUUUUUUGUCAGUACCUAGUAAAUACUAGUGGUGUAUUUUUGGGCUGAUCAAAUGGUAUCCUUUCAUUAUUGCUGCAAGGCAAACAGAAUGAAACGUUUUAGUGACCAAGAAAGUUAAGGUAUAAGUGAAACUAAAUGAGCAAGAUAAAUCACCCCAUAAAAAGACCAAACAAAUAGGAGUAAGCUGACUAGUGCUAAAACUUCUCUUAACCCUAUUACAACUAGCUAUAGAAACAUACCAUUAACCACUUUGGAAAAGUACAUCUCCCAUUCAGAGGACAUAAAAAAUUGACAACUUCUUCUUUUAUGAAGAAAAUAUGAAGCUAAGCUCAAAGCAGCUGUCUUACAAGACUUUUAUAAAUGAAACCCAAACCGAACCACACAGGUUGGUUCUAGUCGGGUCGUACCCAGUCAAAAAGCGUACGAUUCAAAACAUUUUGAAAUUUCUGUUAUCUGGCAGCUCGGAUGAGUCAAUCAUUGAACAAAAGGUGAUCUAUCUGCCUACCUUGACAAGAUAAAUAAACUCAUUUCCGAAUCGCCAUGGAAGAUGUCCCCGAGCUAGGCGACCCGACAGUCGGAGAAAGGAGAAGAGCAGAGAACUCCCACCUUCUGUGAAAACCUCAAGGCCCCGUUCAGCUUUCAGCGUCAUAAAACGAUAAAAACCGUUUCCGUAAAAGCUUAAAACUGAUUGCUCUCAACUUUUUUAUAUAGUAAAUUACGCCAAAGUUGACUUCUCCCCUACUGAACAAAGUUCCCGCGCUGGCGUGACGGCCGCGCCGCCCUUUGAGUUUCCCGCCAAAACUUGGUAGCCGCCCAAAAGGAAUCCGCUGAUAAUUUUAUUCUCACGGGCCCGCUCUUAGAAAUCCAUUAUGGCCGCCGCAGCAACACAACCGAGAAUUACGCAGUUCUCGUUUGAUAAUGUCUCUAUUGAGCAAGUAAACCAACAGAAAGGAAAAGGAAUGUUUGCCAAUAAGGAUUUCAGAGAAGGAGAGGUUAUUUUUGAGGAAAAACCGUUGGUCUGCAGUCAGUUUUUAUGGAAUUCUAUAUACAAGUACACGGCGUGCGGUGCUUGUUUGAAGUCCCUGGAAACAGCUGAAGAAAUGGCACGCAGACUUUCGGGAAAUGCGAGCUUAGAGCUUCCCUACGCCUCCAAAUGUUGUGAAAUAAUGCGUCUGGGACAGAAAAUCGUCAGCUGUCAUCGUUGUCAGGCUAAAUAUUGCAGCGAGGAGUGCAGACAGUCUGCUUGGGAUCAAUAUCACCGAACGCUUUGUUUGGGAGAAAAUAAAGGAGAUCCUAGCCAUCCUCUUGAACAGCUACAGGAAGCGUGGAGGAAAAUGCAUUACCCUCCUGAAACUGCUAGUGUGAUGCUUAUUGCACAGAUGAUUGCAACAGUUUUACAAGCACAAGAUCCCCAGGCAGUGCAGAACACAUUUGAAUCCUUCUGUCACUCUGUGGUUAGCAAAGGGGACCAGAUUGUUCACAAACUAUUAGGGGAUCAGUUUAAGGAACAAUUAGAUAUUCUUAGAAUGCUUAUGUCUAAUGCCCUGUUUGAUGAGAAGUUAGAAGAGUGGUUUAAGCCUGAGGGGUUCCAAUCUCUAAUGGCAUUAAUUGGGACCAAUGGACAAGGUAUUGGAACAAGCUCACUAAGUACCUAUGUUCACAAUCUUGAAAACCUUGGUGACAUAUCCAAGGAUGAACAUCAAGCUUUGGACAUUUUCAUUGAUCAGCUUUAUGAGGAAAUGGACAAAGUUUCUGGCCAGUUUCUAAACUGUGAAGGUUCAGGACUAUAUGCUCUUCAAAGUUCUUGUAACCACAGCUGCGAACCAAACGCAGAGGUUACUUUCCCCUAUAAUAACUCAACCCUGGCUUUGAAGGCACUCAGCAGUAUUCAAACAGGCGAGGAAAUCGUCAUUUGUUAUCUUGGUGAGUGCGACAGAGAGAGAAGCCGUCACACAAGACAACAACUACUCAGGGAAAAUUAUCUAUUCAGUUGUACCUGUCCAAAAUGUGAAUCUCAAGCUGGGGACCCAGAUGUGACAUCAAGUGAAGAUGAGGAAGAUUCUAUGGAAGAAGACUCCUGACAAUAACCUUAUUCUUCAUUUGUAUUGUGAAGUGUUCAAGCGUGGCUAUACAGUUUGAGCAGUACCAGAUUUCUGCUGGAAAUCGCUUAAGUUUUCCCCUUUUCCGAGACUAAACUCACCAAAUUAUUCAAGAGAGCGGCUUUUUGUUCGAACUUCACAGACGGAUAAUAAAAAAAAAAAAACAGUGGAUCGUCUCUUCACACUCAAGCCAUGCUUCUAAGAAACAUGAACUUCCUCUUCCUGAAAACAAAUACCUACUUUGGUGUUAGUAGUUUUCGGUUUCAUUUUCGCCAUUUUGGCCAAUGUGCCGGGCAUAAAACGGUGCCCUCUUAUUAUGCGUAUAUUACUGUCAAGUCUCUGGCAAGACAGAAACUCUCCCGAAGUACCAGGUCUGGUCUUAAAGGUGCUUUGACUUUUGAAAAUUACUUCAGAGUUAUAAUUACUUGAAAGUUUGAUGAGAACUUAGUUUUGCGAUUUUGAUAAGGCAAUACAUUGUAAUUCGGUUUGUGGUGUGGGUAAUUUCAUAGUACAACCCAAGAAUUACAAGAGAGGCAUACGAUUUGAA